AUGAAUUUAAGUUGUGUAUUAAAAAAUUUGAAAUUCUCGCUUUGGGGAAGAAAAUAUUACACGAGUAUUAUUAUUUCAUGUUCAAUAACGAAGCCAAACACCAUCAUUCGAAAAAUUAAUGGCAAACAUUUGGAUGGAAAAAGUGACAAAGAUGUCGAAGCGAUUUAUUUUACGAAUACAACAGUCAACUACUUCCCUCUAGGAUUGAACAAAAUUUUUCCUAAUUUGAAAGCUGUUAUAAUUCAUAAAUGUGGAUUGAAAUCAAUAACGCAAAGAGAUUUGGUUGCACUAGAAAAUAUUGAGAUACUACGGUGUAAACACAACAAAAUCAGUUCACUUCCAUACAAUCUGUUCAGAAGUAUGCACAAACUUAGAGUCAUUUCAUUCUACGAUAAUUCUUUACAAUUCAUGUCUUCAGAAGUUCUCAGACCAAUAUUGGAAAAUGAUGUAAAAUUCGUAGACUUUUGUGAAAAUCGUUCCCUUAGUGUUUACUAUUGUGGCCCAUCUUAUAUGCAUAAGAAAAGUGAAAAUAAAGUUGAUUCUGUAGCCCAGUUGAUGGCCAUGAUUGAUGAGAAAUGUGAUAAGCCAAUGAACGAUAACUACAACAGAAUCAGAAACGUCGCUUCAGAAGGAUUCAAGGAAUUUUGGACGACUGGUCGUUUUUCAGAAAUCACGAUUGUCAGUGACACGGAGAAAUUCAAAGCACACAAAUUUGUUUUAGCUAUUCAGAGUUCUGUGUUCAGUUCAAUUUUUGAAAAUGAGAUGAAGGAUCAACCAUCUGAUGAAAUUCAGUUGACAAACAUAAAACCCGAAGUUGUGAAGAUUUUCUUGAAAUUUCUUUACACCGGUGAUAUCGAAAUUGAAGGUUCAAAUCUGCUGGAACUUUUCACACUCGCAGCAAAGUUUAAAGUCGAGAAUUUAAUGACAAUUGUUGAGGAGAUGAACACAGAUGACCUAAACGAUGACAAUGCGAUUGAAAUAUUCGAACUUGCGUGUCGAUUCGAUUGUGAUGGGAUGAAAACUUCAGCAUUUGGAGUAAUUCAAUUAAUGUUUGAUGAGCCAUUAAAAGACGAAUUGAUGAACCAACCGGAAGUUGUCAAAAAUCUUGUUAAAGCUAAUUCUAUGAUAGGAAAUUAUGAAAAGUGUAUUGAGAGUUUGCAACUCGCACGAGAUCAUGGAUUAUCAAGCAGAUUGAUGGAUGAAUUAGAAAACAACUGCCGAGAACUGAUUCAAAGCAGCAAACCGCGAAAGAAUCUUUGGGAUAUUUUUAAUCUUUCUCAUCCACCAAACCCUCGAUUCCCACAAAUUUCUAAUUGUCUUGAGCUUCGAGAAAAUGAAAAUUUUGGACGGCAUAUCGUCACGAAUAAGAAACUUAGACCUGGUGAUGUUAUCGCCAUUGAAAAACCUUUUUUUAAAUUCUUGAAUUCCAACGCCAUGAAUGUUUACAAGUAUGAAAGAUGCUUCGAUUGCCUUCGAAGAAAUCAUUUAAGUCUAUUGCCGACAAGCAAUUCAGUGAUGGCAUGUUCGACAUUCUGUCAGAACUCAAUCGAAGGAAAAAGUCAAAAUUCAUCAAAUUUAUUUGAAACUCAAUUUAAUUGGGAAAUUGCCAAAAUGAUUCAAUUGAGAAAUGAAUCAGAAAAAAUCUGCGGAACUGUAGAAAAUCUCGAGAAUCUUGUCAAUGAACCUUUGAAAACUGUUUUUGAUUUCGACUGGAUCGAUGGAAGAAGUGCUGAGUUGAAAAAGAAUUUAUUAAAAUGUGUUGUUUCAUUAUCUUCUGGGAAUUACAAUCAAAUAAGCAGCGACGAUACUGAAAUAUUCAAACUUUUUCUCGGUCAUUACAAUGAUCACAACAGAUCUUUCAUCUCAGGAUUUGUUCAACAUAUGAUGGGUGUCUGCGCUAGAAAUCAAUACUCAUUGCAAUUCUUCGAUGGAUUGAGUGAUUUCUAUGGGGAACUUGGCAAUUGUCUUCUGCCAUUUGGAUCACUCAUCAACCAUAGCUGCAAUCCGAAUGUGUUUUGGAUUUUUAUUGAAAAUAAAUUUGUUUUUGUCGUUGCCAAACCAAUCGAGAAAAAUGAACAACUUUUUCAUUGUUACAGACACGUUUUUCUUUACGAGCCACUCAAUGACCGCCAAUCACAUCUGAUGAGGCAAUAUGGAUUCAAAUGCAAAUGCGAUGCUUGUACUCAAAUAUAUCCAACAUAUCCCAAAGUAUUUAAAAUAAAUCCUAAAAAGUUCUUUAGUUCUUUAGAAGAAAUUCUUGCUGAAGUCUCACAAAACUGGAUUGACAUUGAAGUAGAUUGUUAUAGGGAAAUGUUUGUUGAAGUUGCUGAGAAAAUUAACAUCAACAAAAAGUUACUUGAAUAUGUUGUGUGGAAAUAUUUUUAACACGUUUUUAAAUUUCAAACUAAAUUAACAUGAAAAUUUUAUUAAUAAACUUCUUUCAAUUAAGAGAAAUCAAGCUCAAAUUUCAUUUAAAUAAAAAUAUUUAUGUGAAACGAGAAUUCUUCUGAGAAUUUUUUCCUAUCACAGUAUGAUACACAGAAGCUCCUUCAAAUUUUUUGAAAUAACAAAAUGAAACAAUAAAGUGAAAA